CACCAUUUAUGUCUAAAACAGUAUUCGGAUUAGCUACCAGCUGGCAAUCAAAAAGAAAGAAAGAGAGAGAGAAAAGGAAAGAGGAAAAAAAAAAAAAGUAAAGACAAAGGGACUCCUGAUAGUUUAUGAAACACUUUAGGUGAAGGUUCAGAUUCUUGGUCCUGAUAGAAGUGUUGAGGGAAGAUCAUAACAGGCUUUGCUACAGCUGCUGAUUAGAUCUAAACUCCUAAAAGAGAGAGAACAUAAGGGCACAAAGAACUUGCUGAAAUUUCCUUAGCUUUUAACUAGGAAAUGGUUCAUAAAUGUGGAUUUUAAGUAGUUGUGACUCAGAAAUAAUCAAGCAUCAUUUCUGGAAAGCCCACUGUAGAGAAAUCUAAUAGGGGAAAAUGGUGCUCUGAGAUGAAAAUUGAUUUUCCCUCCUUAGAUCACAAGGUUCCUCUCGGUUCUUGCUCCAGUUCUGCCUUCUGCAUUCUGACUCCUGCCUCACCGUCUCCUGCAGCUGGACUCAUUUGCAGGCCCCUCGAGAUUGAAUCCAAAACUUUGGUGUGCAGUAUUGGGACGAAGCUCCAACGAACUGAACUACCUAGACAGGAUUAAACUAUAUCCUUUAAUCAAAGGUCAUGGAAGACCUAGAGGAAACUUUAUUUGAAGAAUUUGAGAACUACUCCUACACCUUGGACUAUGCCUCCCCGGCGUCUCCUCCGGAAGAGAGAGCCCCCCUGGAGGCCGUGCACUGGGUCUCCCUGGUGCUGUACUGUGUGGCCUUUGUGCUGGGCAUCCCGGGCAACGCCACGGUCAUUUGGUUCACGGGCUUCAAGUGGAAGAAGACAGUCACCACCUUCUGGUUCCUCAACCUGGCCGUGGCGGAUUUCAUUUUCCUUCUCUUCCUGCCCCUCUAUAUCGCCUAUGUGGCCAUGAACUUCCACUGGCCCUUUGGCCUCUGGCUGUGCAAGGCCAACUCCUUCAUCGCCCAGCUGAACAUGUUUGCCAGUGUGUUCUUCCUGAUGGUGAUCAGCCUGGACCGCUACGUUCAGCUGGUUCACCCUGUCGUGGCUCACCGGCACCGGACACUGAGGAACUCCCAGAUCGUGACCGUGUUCAUCUGGCUUGUGGCUUCUCUCAUUGGGGGUCCCUCCCUGUACUUCCGGGAGACGGUGGAGGUGAAUAACCACACGUUGUGCUACCACAACUUCCACGAGCACGACUACGACCUCGCCUUGAUGAGGCACCAUGUGCUGACCUGGGUGAAGUUUGUGAACGGGUACCUCGCCCCUUUGCUGACCAUGAGCGUUUGCUAUCUGUGCCUCCUCUUAAAGGUGAAGAAGCAAAGCAUCCUGGUCUCCAGUAGGUAUUCCCUGACCAUCCUAGCUUUGGUCCUGGCCUUUCUGAUCUGCUGGACCCCUUAUCACAUAUUUAGCAUUUGGGAGCUCAGGAUCCACCAGGGCAGCCAUGUCCACAAGGUGCUGCGGGCUGGCCUCCCCCUCUCCACCGCUCUGGCAUUCCUCAAUAGCUGCCUGAACCCCAUCCUUUAUGUUCUAAUUAGUAAGAAGUUCCAGGCGCGCUUUCGAGCCUCGGUUGCCGAGAUACUGAAGUACACGCUGUGGGAAGUCAGCUGCUCUGGCACGGUGGGCGAGCAGCUUAGGAGCUCUGAAACCAAGAACUCGGGUCUCCAGGAAACAACGGCUCAGUGAGAUCCUCUCCCCCACAAAUCAGUGUCAGGCUUGCGUGUGGGUCCCCUGACAGAUGCUCUCAGAUGAUCUGGUUCCAAGACACAGAGCUGACCAUAGCUUUUUGCUGUUUUGGGUCAGUGUAUCACAUUUUUUUGUGUGUGUGUGUGAAUAUAAAAUGAAGGAAAGAUUUCAAUUCUUUUCACCUGCAACUUAUAUGUCAUUCUUGCUAAUUAUACCCACAGUGGAUUAAUCACCGCUGUGGAGGCGAGAUCAGUUAUUAUUU